AUUUCACAUUACUUUUCUGGACACUAUUAUGUGCAGAAUCACUGCUCCAAAGAUGAGCCUUCUACAUCUUGCUACGAGCUUACUCCUGGUUUCUUCAGCAUUCUGUGGUGUCAAAGACCUGCAUGAGCAUUUUGAGAAAAGCAAUGGGGAAGGUUCUUUGGAGCCAAGAGGUCUUCCUCUGCAAAGUGAGCAGAGUCUGCAAGAUGAUACAGUGACCAAAGACCUUAUACCUGAAGGAGAUGAUGAAGAGGACUACCUAGACUUUGAUCAAAUAUUUGGUGAAGAUGAAGACUACUCAGAAAUCAUUGAUGCUCUUCCGGAAAUUAAAGGCAAUGAUAAAACCCAAGGAAAUAUAUAUGAACUGUUUCCUGGAAAAACUAGGAUUCAGAGACUUAACAUUAUGAAUGCAAAGUUUGGCUUCAACCUUUACCGUGCCAUUAGAGAGAACGCGAAUGCAACAGAUAACGUUUUGCUGGCACCAGUUGGAGUGUCCACAGCUAUGGCUACCAUAUCAUUGGGAACAAAAGCACAGACUCAAAAUGAAAUUUUCUCCACAUUAGGCUUCAAAGAAUUUAUCAACGUCAGCACCAAGUACGACGUAACCACUCUUCACUCGGUCUUCCGCAAAUUAACUCACAGACUGUUUCGGAGAAACUUUGGCUAUACCUUAAGAUCAGUCAAUGACAUCUACGUACGGGAAGAUUUUCCUAUUAAUAAGGACUUCCAGGAUAACCUGAAAAACUUCUACUAUGCGGAGGCUCAAGUCGGUGAUUUCGCAGACAAAACUUUUCUCCACAAGGUUAACCAGCGCAUUCAGAAGCUCACCAAAGGACUGAUAAAGGAAGCACUUGCCAACCUGAACCCUAAUAUUCUAAUGUUACUUAUUAACUGUAUCUAUUUCAAAGGGACAUGGGAGAAUAAGUUUCCACUAGAGCAAACCUACAAUGCAAACUUCCGUGUGAGUGAGAAAGAAGUGGUAAAGGUUCCUAUGAUGAAGAUCAAAGGAAGUUUUCUGUUUGCUUUGGAUUCUGAACUGGAUUGUGAAGUUCUGCAGCUGCCCUAUGUUGGUAAUAUCAGCAUGCUAAUAGUGGUGCCACACAAACUAUCCGGUAUGAAGCUCCUUGAGAAGCAGCUCAGCCCACACUUGAUAGACCGAUGGCAGAAGAGCAUGACAAACAGGUCAAGAGAAGUUCAUCUGCCACGUUUCAAGCUAGAAAAGAACUACAACUUGAAGGAUGUGCUGAGCAGCCUGGGAGUAAAGGACUUGUUCACCAGUAGAGCAGAUUUCUCAGGCAUUACAGAUGAAGACAUCAGCAUUGGCUUGUUUCAGCAACAAGGCAGCAUCACAGUGAAUGAAGAAGGCACGCAGGCAGGAGCUGUUACUGUGGUGGGAUUCACACCGUUGUCCAUCCAGACACGCUUCAUUGCCGACCGCCCUUUCCUGUUUCUUAUAUAUGAGCAUCGCACAGAUUGCCUCGUAUUUUUUGGAAAAGUCGCCAAUCCUACUAGAUCAUGAUUCAGCCCCUGUAACCGAGCCUAUGCUUCUCACUUAGUUCAGAUUAUUCUAUAUUAUUAUAUAUGUAACAGAAAUAAGGUCUAUCCAACAUUCAGACCUCCCAAAAAGCUGUCGAGAAGUCAUUGGAUGUGGCAAAAUGCCAAGAUCUGAUUGCAUCCAUUGCAUUGUUAUGUCCAUAUACAAUAAAGAUGGAGUCUCUCCAGAGUUAUAACCAUUUAAAAUAUGUCAUCAUAGACAGUGUACAAAAUAAUUCUUACUUGAUGUACUACCGGUAUUAGUAUAAUGCAUUAUCUUUAAUAAAAGGCAAUUCAUAAAAAUA